CGGAGGACAAGCGGAGCAGAAAUAACAAGGCAGAGCGUUGCAUUUCAUCCACGUUGCUCUAUAUUCUAGAUGACACUGAGGAUAUGUCGUGAAUUCAUUUAAGAGCAGCAAACAGGUAGCCUUUUUCACCCCCUCGGCUGAUAUGAAAAAGCAAAUCUAGGAUCAUUUAAACCGGCCCGCUGAUCUCCAACCAGUUAUAUUGUGGCAGAAAUGCUGUCUGGUAGUUUUUUCUGUACAAUUAAUCUUUCCUAUGGAGCCGUUGACUUGAUGUGGAUUGUUGCCCUGUGGAAGAGAAGACCUCACACGGAUGAUGGUGAUAUAGUUUAAAUCAACUGAGAAGAAUUUGGAUGCGGUGGAUCUCCUGGAUCAUAUCAGAACACUCCAACGAGUCCGAAUUGAGGUGGCCGGGACCUUAGUGGGGAAAACACACACAUUCCUUGCGAACUGGACUGGGAGAAAGUCCAGACGAUGCUUCAGUGCACCAGCUGUGAGAAGCCUAUUCUUGAUAGGUUCUUGCUGAAAGUUUUGGACAGACCGUGGCACAUCAAAUGUGUCCAGUGCUGCGAAUGCAAAUGUAGUUUGACAGAAAAGUGUUUCUCGCGAGAUGGGAGACUGUAUUGUAAGAAUGACUUUUUCAGGAGAUUUGGGACCAAGUGUGGAGGCUGCUCGCAGGGCAUUCUACCCAGUGAUCUUGUCCGCAGAGCCAAAAGCAAAGUGUUUCACCUGAACUGUUUCACCUGUAUGAUGUGUAACAAACAACUGUCCACUGGAGAGGAGCUGUACAUCCUGGAUGAGUUCAAGUUUGUUUGUAAGGAGGACUAUCAAAACAACAACGGGAAAGACACGAUUCUCCUUUCUGUAACGACGUGCAGCGACCCAAGUCUGUCUCCGGACUCCCAGGACCCGCAGGACGACGGGAAGGACUCGGAGAGCGGACAUUUAUCCGACAAAGACGCGUCCAUCAACGAGAACGACGAGCAGAGCGCCGUCGGGAAGCGACGCGGCCCUCGGACCACCAUCAAAGCCAAGCAGCUGGAGACGCUGAAAGCCGCUUUCGCCGCCACUCCGAAGCCCACGAGACACAUCAGAGAGCAGCUGUCACGGGAGACUGGUCUCAGCAUGAGAGUAAUCCAGGUCUGGUUCCAAAACCGAAGGUCUAAAGAAAGACGUAUGAAGCAACUAAGCGCCUUGAGCGCGCGGAGACACGUGUUUUUCCGAAGUCCGAGGAGGAUGAGAACCCUGGGCGAGAGACUGGAGCCAGGAGAACUUGGACACUUCUCAUAUUAUGGAGAUUAUCCCAGUGAAUACUAUGGGUCAGGAGGGAAUUAUGAGUACUUUCAAGGUCCUCCAUCAUCCCAGGCUCAGACUCCAGCAGACCUGGGCUUUGUGCCCUCAACAAUCCCUGCUGGCACACCAUUAGGAACCAUAGACCACCAUCAUGUAGGGCACCUCUGUGCUGGAGAGGUGCAGUGUUUCUCUGACACAGUGUCCCACCAUCCCGUGGACUCACCCAGCCCAGAGCCCAAUGGACCAGGUUCAAUUCACAGCAUCUCCAGCGAAAUGUGUGGCCCCAGCACGCCCUUCACCACAGUGUCUCUCAGUGACAACGGAUACACUAACCAGCUGUCACAGCCCUCCUCAGAGAUGAGUGAAGGCACGGCCUGGUAAUCCAGCCAACACAAACUACAAAGCACACUUAG